AUGCUUCCCUUCGUUUUCGCCAUUCAACUGGUCAACAAGAAUACCUGGCUCCUACAUAAUCUCACACUUGGCUACAAUGUCUAUGACAACUAUUUGAGCACCCUUCGUACUUCUGAUGCCUUGAUGGAUACACUCUCUACUGGAGAAGUCAAUGUUCCCAACUACAGCUGUGGAAGAAAGGACAAUCUUCUGGUUAUUAUUGAUGGGGCUCUCAGGGAACUUUCCACACAGAUAUCAACAUUAGUAGGCACCUACAAAGUCCCGCAGAAUAAAUUUUGCAAUCUUUCUGAGAUGAAAAUGUACUUGGACCAAAAUGGAGAUCUGGUAGCAGAUGUGAACAUCUGGAACUUGGUGGUUCUCCCAAAGAAUAAUUACAUCAUAAAAAUGCCAGGGAAUUUUGAAAGACAGAGACUUUUUAUCAAGCAAGAUUUUCUUUCACAGCUAAAAUCGUUGAAUAAGCCUCUGCCUCAGUCCAAAUGUGUAGAAAACUGUCAUCCUGGAUUUUUCAAACAGACUCGGGAAGGAGAGCCAGUUUGCUGCUAUGACUGUGUUCCUUGUCCAGAGGGGACCAUCUCCACUCAGGAAGAUACUGAAAAAUGCACCAAGUGCCCAGAUGAUCAAUAUGCAACCGAGAACCGAAUCCAAUGUAUCCCCAAAAGAAUCUCCUUCCUGUCCUAUGAAGAACAUUUGAGCAUUAUCCUUGUCUCCUUUGCCCUACUUUUGUUUCUAGUUUCCUUCUUUGUUUUAAUCAUAUUCAUUAAAUACCUAGAAACUCCCAUUGUCAAAGCCAACAACCGGGACCUCUCCUACAUCAUCCUUGUAUCCCUCCUGCUUUGCUUCCUGUCUCCUUUACUCUUCAUUGGUCAACCAAAGAAAAUCACCUGCCUUCUCCGACAAACAGUGUUCAGCAUUGUCUUCUCAGUAGCCGUGUCUUCUGUGUUGGCCAAGACAAUCACAGUGGUGCUGGCUUUUCUGGCCACAAAACCAGGAAACCGAGUAAAGAGAUGGUUGGGGAAGAGCUUGGCCAACUUCAUCAUCCUUUCUUGUUCCUCUAUCCAAAUUAUCAUCUGCUCCAUCUGGCUGGGAGUUUCUCCCCCAUUCCCUGACUUUGACCUCCACUCCCAGCCAGGAGUGAUCAUCCUUCAAUGCAAUGAAGGUUCUGUCACCAUGUUUUAUAUUGUCCUGGGCUAUAUGGGUUUCCUAGCUGCCAUAUGCUUCACAGUAGCUUUCCUGGCCAGGAACCUGCCUGGGGCCUUCAAUGAAGCCAAACUGAUCACCUUCAGCAUGCUGGUCUUUUGCAGUGUCUGGAUCUCCUUCAUGCCCACCUACCUGAGCACCAAAGGAAAGUCCAUGGUGAUUGUGCAGAUCUUCUCCAUCUUGACUUCCAGUGCUGGACUGCUGGGCUGCAUCUUCUUCCCCAAGUGCUACAUCCUCCUCCUGAGACCAGAUCUAAACACUAAGGAACAUCUAAUCAUAAAAGUCGGCAACCAGUUAUUAUAA